UAUAGCUCGCCCGCCUUUUUCCGCCGCAGUCCAUCGAUCUCAGCGUAAGUGUUCGCAUCGCCACUCGUCGCUGCUCUUCCGAUUACGGGUCACGGUUUACGGGUUACGGUCGUUCGGUCUUGCGGUCUUGCGUUUCGCGGCUUACGAGCUACGGUCUACGGCUUACGGUUACAAUUACGACUACGAUUACGGCUACGAACUCGUGCUGAAAUUUCGCACUUAUUGCUACACGCUUUUUUUUCUGGUGUGAUGUGCUCAAUUAACGUUCAUUAUUUGAAAUGUUAAAAGUUGUGCGCCCUUUUAUUACCAGCCAAAUUAUAAUGGCCUGAUCGCGGAAUUCUAAAAACACAUCUGAAAUUAUAGAAGGAAAACGAAUAGAAAUUAAAUUUACCCUGGUAGAUUCAAACAAUCAAAGCAACUGCAGAGCACAUUUACCAACUAACAAAGCAACAACAAACAAACAAAUGUACAAAGUCAAUCCAAAAUUAUAAAAAUUAAUUUAAUACACAAAGAAACAUUUAAAUGUGCCAACGAUAUUUACCAAAUCAACGAAAACAAUACAAGUCAGAGGGAAGACAACAAAAUCGAUGCCUGUAAACAUAUUUAUAAAAUAUACUAAAGGCACUUAUCCCAAAAAGAGAACGAGAAGCUCGAGGAGAGAGUAGAAAGAGUGAAAGAACACUAACCGAAAAUAAAUUAAUUGCACUACAAAUAGCCAUAAGAGUAAAUUAAAGUUAAUUAAAGUCCAGUGAAAAUCAAUCAAAAUGCGCUUCACCUACAAUCAGUAUAAACAUUACGAGUCCGGUUAUCGGAUUCCAUCUAAAAUGCAUAAUCUGAGCCACCAUAAUAACAGCAAUAAUAGUAAUAAUAAUGGGGGUGGCCACAGCAACAACAAUGGCAACAACAAUGGCCAUCACUAUGCCCAUCACAGCAAUAACAACAAUGGCGGCAACAACAACACAAAUUUCCAAGCCUAUCAGCAUCAUUACAAAAGUAAUUUCGGCAUGAGAAUGACCAUGUCCACCAAUUCCACAAUGAGUGCGCGAAUACAUCGAAAAGGAUUUCGCAUACCAUCGAAAAGACAGCCGGGCAAGGGAUUGCCCGGUAAGCUGCACACCAUAACCAGGGCGGGUCCUGGCAAAAUGGUUCCUGGGAAGCGAAUACCACAGCGACCCCAUCCGCCGCCCUGCGACAACUCGAACGACAGUGGGCUGGGGUUCGAUCAGCACACGGAGCUGCGGGCCUCGGCAGGAGCUGGGGGCGUGGCCGAUCCUGCGGUUAAUGGAGGCAGUGGCUCCAACUCCGGCCAGCGAUCCAGUUUGCUGGUCAACAGCGCUUUAACCAACACAGUGGCUGCUGCAGCAGCCGCAGCAGCUGCCGCGGUGGCCAGCAACACGCUGCAGCAGCAUCAGCAGCACCACCAACAGCAGCAGCAACAGCAGCAGCAGCAACAGCAGCAGCAACAGCAUCAGCAGCAACAUUCACCGCAGCAGCAUUUAAUCAGAGCGAUACCUGUAUCAAGAUCGCGACACGACUCGAAAAUGAUGGCUCACUAUCUGGAGGAUCUGGACGUGAUAUCGGCGUCCUCCUCGGAGGAUUCAGCCACCUCGACGCCGACCGGCUUGGAGGAGGAUACGGGCUUCGUGAACGACACCAAUUCGACGGCAGCCGGUGGCAAUAGCAACUCGGAUCCAUUUGGAGACGUCUUCCAGGCAACCGAGGCAGCUGUGGCAGCAGCCGUGAAUGCCUUCAACCUGCAACAGCAACAACAGCAGCAGCAGCAUACGGUGCAGCAGCAACAGUUUCAGUACAACGGAUUGCUGUUGCAGCAACAGUCGCAGCAGCAACAGUCGCAGCAACAGCAGCCGCAUCACCACCAACAACAUCACCAUCACCGCCAUGGCAAGCACAUCAAACGCAAGAAGCUCGAGUGCAACCAGGUGGAACUGGACAACGAUGAUGCCUGCAGCGAGGAUGAGUUCAUCCGCAAGAUUGCCAGUUCCGUAACGGUGGCAUCCGCGGUCGAGGCCACGCCCUCUUCCCCGCCCAAUGCCGCCUCCGCCGCAUCUGCCACGCCCACUGUUAGCCUCCUGCCGCGCAUCAGUAGCUGCAACAGCAACAACAACAACAACAACAGCAGCAGCAACAUUGAGACAAAAUUCAUAUCGGCCAGGAAUGUGACGCGAGUGGCCAACAAACGGCAACCCGCUACCCCGCUGAACAGCGUCGCCAGCUCCAACGAUGGCCAGGUGCAGCUGGAGAUCGUCUCCCAGCCGGAGCAACAGCACCGGGCACGCUACCAAACGGAGGGCAGCCGAGGCGCCGUCAAGGAUCGCAGCGGCAAUGGAUUCCCCAUCGUCCGCCUGACCGGAUACGACAAGGUUGCCGUCCUCCAGGUGUUCAUCGGCACGGACAUUGGACGCGUGGCACCGCACAUGUUCUACCAGGCCUGCAAGGUCGCCGGCAAGAACUCGACGCAGUGCAACGAGAAGAAGGUCGACGGCACCAUGGUCAUUGAGAUCGAUUUCAAGCCCGAAACGGACAUGACCAUCACCUGCGAUUGCGUUGGAAUCCUGAAGGAACGCAAUGUGGAUGUGGAGCACCGCUUUCCCGAGCACCUGGCGCAAAAGAACAAGAAGAAAUCGACUCGCUGCCGGAUGGUGUUCCGCACCCAGUUGACACGGGACGAUGGCACCACUGAGACCCUCCAGGUCUGCUCGAAUCCAAUCAUCUGCACUCAACCACCUGGCGUGCCGGAAAUAUGCAAGAAAUCAUUAAACUCCUGUCCCGUUGAUGGCGGCCUCGAGCUGUUCAUUAUCGGCAAGAACUUUCUGAAGGACACACACGUGGUGUUCCAGGAGACCUACGACAGCGUCAACGGCGACGAUCCGGCCACGGAAAUCGCAGUGCGCCAGCAGCUCAUCGGUGGAACCGCCGCUCUAUGGGAACAAAGCGUUCUGCCGGACAAGGAGUACCUACACCAGACUCAUCUGAUUUGCACGGUGCCACCGUAUCUGCACCAGAACAUCCUGAAGCCGGUCCAGGUGCAGGUGUCGAUCGUCUCCAGCGGCAAGAAGAGCGAACCGCACACGUUCACCUACACGCCCAAGGGACAAUACACGACGCUGGCGGCGGCCAGCACGUUAAGUAACACAAUCCACGCCCAAGAUGUGAGCAGUUUCAUGGACACCACAGCAGCGUCCAAUGCGAGUGGCUCCAGUGGUUGGAGUGGGGCAGGCGGUUCUGGGAACAACCCAUCUCCGGGCGACGCAGUGGAGGCCAAGCACGAGAUCGAUUCGGGCAUGAUGCCUCCGCCCAUCACCACCCAAAUACCUAUGGGCGUUCGACGCUCCUCGCUGCCCAGUGUCACGCCGAUGAUCACGGACCAGCAGCUGGUCCAUCUCAACGCAGUGGCGGCCAGUGCGGAGGCAUUGAAGACGGAACUCGACGACAGCAACUCGCACAGUCCCCUGACCGGUGAAUCCACACCGGACAGCCCGAACGCAGCCUUGCAGUAUCAUCGCUUUGCACGGAAGCCCAGCCUCGACACCAUUAUGUACGAUCAGUCUAACAGUCUGCCCGGUUUCCCGGCCGUGGUGGCACCAGCUACUGCUGCCGCUGUGGCCGCUGCAGUGGAUAUUGAUCCGGCGGCGGUGGCUGUGGCGGUGGAACUGGCCGUUAAGAACGAGAUUGUGAAGCAUGUCGUGCAGCAGCACCAGCAGAUGCAGGAGCAGAUGCAAGAGCAGCAACAGCAGCAACAACAGCAGCAGCAACAGCAGCAGCAACAACAGCCCCAGCAACAACAGCAGCAGCAACAGCAGCAGCAGCAACAACAACAACAGCAGCAGCAGCAGCAACAACAGCAGCAGCAACAGGUGCACAAGUUCAUUGAUGAACUGACCAAAUCCACAUCGGUGGUUUCCAGCAACGGCACCACUGAACCGGCACUGUUCACCACCUCGGCGGUGAUUGAUCAUGCUCUAACCGAUAUUCUGCAGGCCAAAGUGGGCAUUGCGCCGCCCAAUGUGGUGCUGGAAAGGAGUUUGUCCCUAAGCUCCACGAAUUCCAGCAGCUCCAUGAGUGGCAGUGAGACUUCCCCGAAUAGUUCACCCCUGAGUCAGGACAUCAUACUCAAUUCGGAGCCGGCGGCAGCUCUGGCCGGAGCUGCUGCCUUGGGUGGCCCGACGCCUGUCGAUGUCACCGGUGGUCUGUCCACCGAUAUCAUCAUGAAUCCCGCCGUUUCGCCCUCGACAAUUUUGUGCUCGGCAAAUGGAGCGGCCACUGCUGUGGUUCCCAAUAUACUGGCACCCCACCAAGUGACCAUGGCCAACUCCAUUUUGAACGACAUAGCCAUGCAGCCGGAACCUACCCAGCAGGAUGCAGCCGUAGCAGCCUUGGCAUUGAGUAACAUCAUGAUGAGUCCACCCACCGCGGCAUCGGGUGUUGGAGUUGUGGACACGCUGCCACCGACACCAGCGGUUAUGCAGCCAGAGGUCGCUGCCACUGCCACAUCCACUGCGGUCAGCAACAUGAUUAUCAAGGCGGCGGCGGACUUUAUAACCACCCAGGAGCAAGAGCAGCACCACUACCAUCACCAUGGUCGCGUCCACUCCCAUUCGCCGCAGGCAGCCGUCGGAGUGAGCGGUAAUCCUGCCGAGACGGCAUCGGAUCCAUUGGUUAAUCUCCUGUUGAACCACUCAAGCACACCAGAAACAGCGGCAGCUGCCGCUGCCGCGGUAGCUGUAGAAGCUGCCAAUUUUCAGUCUAUGAAUCACAGUCACCGCAGCCACCAUGGUCAUCAUGGUCACAGUCACAGCCACAGUCGCGUCACGGGACACGUUUCCGGACAUGUGACCAGUCACCAUCAUGGUCACCACUUGCCGGUGGUGCCGCCGACACCACAAGAAUCUCUGAUCGUUGCGCUGGCCAGCGAGAAUGCGCUGCAAAAGUCGGUGGCCACCGCCGCAGUGACCACCAAUGGAGCAGUGAUGAUGCAGCAGGCAUCUGCCCCAAGCACAGCGGGCAGCAUACUUCCGGCAGCGGUUGGAGCGGUAGCCGCAGCGGCCGCCGUGGCGGUGCAGCCGCCCAUUCCCCAGGAACUGACCACGAUGUCGGAUCAGGAUCUGAUCAGCUACAUCAACCCGAGCACCUUUGAUCAGCUUUAAACGGCUUCAGAUCAACAAAUUAAACUAUGUGGACUUGCUUUUUUUUUAAUCAACUAUAAUUGUCACUCCUACACAGGCUUAGUCUUAAGUAUAAAUGUAGUAUAGACACACACAAAAGAAAACACAAACGAUAAGACGGAUUAAAGGUUUCAUGUGGACCAACUUUUUGACCAAGCGGAUGGAUUAGAAACGGGAUCAGAGGAUAAAAACCACAAAUACAAACACAUUAGUAGCUUUAGAUUUGCUUACGUUUAGGAAUAAACCCUAUUUUAUAAAAAUACCUACAUUUAAUGUUUUUUUUUUUUUUUUUUUGUUAUAUUAAUAUUGAUUUUUAAAAAAUGAUCAUCUUAUCUCAAAAGGUUAAAUUAAACAAUGAUAACGACUGCCAUAUACCUACGAAAUAUAAAGUGAAAUCCCGAAAGUGAAGAAUGAAAACAGAAAGUGAGGAAUUCAAAUAUAAACCUUGAAAUCGAUAAUUAUAGAAAGAAUUAACUUUCAUGGAACAAAUGUUUAUUACACUCUUUGCUGGAAGAACUAUUUUCAUAUUGAAGUCUGAUUUGUAAACUUCCUUUUAUUUGUUUGAGAAUUUUAGAUAUAUUUUACAAUUUAAGCCUAACUAAACGUUUUGGUAGUAAAAUUAAGCUUAUUUAAUUUUGGGUCAAAAGAAAACCACAAAAAGAAAUUAUUAUUAUACAGUUAAUAAUUUAUAAAAAAAAAAGUACAUAUUAUGUGUAGCUACGAAUAUAAUGAAUAUGCGAGAAAUUCCAAAAGACUUUUGAUUUAAAGAAAAUGCAAUUAUUAUUUUGUUUAUGAUUUAAUCAUUUUUAUUUUCAAUUAUAUUGAAGGACCAUACACAAAUAAAGAUGUAACUAAUGUUAUUAUUAUUAUUAUGAAAUCGCUAUUAUUAUGCAUACCCUUAAUGUUGAUAGUUGUUAUGUGUAGCGUUGUAACCUAUUUACCAUACCAGAAUAAGAAACACAAAACUCAAAAUAUAAGAGAACAAACCCACAACCAAACUACAUUGAAAAGUAACGACUAAGUUUAAUAUACAGAUUACCAAUUGAAUGAACUUCAACACUUGUUAUACCCCAAAUAAAGAUCAAGAUCGAGA